AUGGGGAAGUACAAUCUAACCGCCCUUCGAGUUCGACAGACUGCUCUCCGCCAAAAGGCCAGCGCAAAGAUAGAUAGGCUACCGGAAUGGGUUGAUAUCAUCGGUGACAUACCUCCAGCACAGGUUAUCGUUCGUCACCAGCCCAUCCAACACGAUUACCUGCGCCAGCGCGUCAGGACGGUGCCGGAAACUUCAGAGACCGAGGUCUACUACGAGAGCGUGAACAAAAGGAGGACGACGAAUCGCAAUAAAAAGCCCAGCAAACUCUUUCAGCCCGUGAAAAUCAAAUAUGAAGAAGACCAACUUCGAAAGGAGUUCUUUCGUGAUCAUCCGUGGGAACUGGCACGACCUCGAAUCAUACUGGAAAAGACCGGAAAGGACUUUGAGAACUAUGACUGGAGCCGAAUACAACAAGCAGGCAAGAGACUUGACGGUGAAAGCGUGGUGCAACGACAGCUCUGGCUUCUCAACAACGUGCCCGACAUGACCAAGACCGCUGCGUAUGAUAUUGCUCGUCGAGAGUUCUACCGUCUCCGCCUAAGACAGGAAAUCGAGCAAAGGGUGGCGGCCGAGGAGGCCGAAGCGAACGGUGCAGUGUUUGGGCCUCGCAUGCUGGACGUCUCGAUGGGCCUCGAAGACAAGAUCUUUGAAGACUGGAAGUCGUGGGCUAAGACUCAGGCUCAAGUCCUCGACCAAAAGGCUGCAGCAUUCGUCGGAGCGCCGGAAGCUGCGUUGCCUGCCGACGACACUGGCCCUGAGCCUGAAGCCGAGCCAGAAAACGAAGUCUAA